CACCUGAAAGGUGUUCGACGAAAUACCCGAGACAACUCUCCUAGGCUUUUAGUAUACUUUGCCAAAGACAUUUGUUGUUAAAGGUGCUAAGAUAGCUAAUAGACUUGUUAGUAAUGAUUGCUUUCAUAUUAUUCAACCAAAGACAUUUGAUGUUUGAGAUAUGUUAGCAAAUGAGCAUUCAUCUAGACAUAGAGCUUGCUUAGAAUUGUGUCUAGGCUUAAGGUCGAUAGUUUGAUCGAUCAUUUACCAUCCUUAGUUCGAUACUUGAUCACCCAAGGUCUAAUCCCUAUGCCCAUGAGUUCUCUUUUCCCUUAGUCAAGAAAGUAUCAUUAUGUUAUUGCUUUUUAGUUUUAGUCAUAGCUUAAAACUCAUCUAAAUCAUUGGUUGCACUUAGAUUAAGUGAGUACUUGCAUUCUCGGUGCUUUGAUAUCCCUCAGAACUGGUUCGACAAUCAUUUAUACUACAACAUUUAUCUUAGGAGCCUUGAAAACUCCUAACAUCACCGCUCUCGCUUCUACAUCUCCGCACCAGAAAUAUACAAACCCAAGGAGCCGCCAUCGCCAUCCUUCAUCGUCUGUCUCAUCCACCAGAUCCGAGACCACAAACCUAGAUCCCAAUCUCUAUCACGUGGAUUCCGACAUAGUCAAUGUCCUCAAACAAAGCACAAUAGCGAGAGUUUCCAACGAGCCACUAGGACCACAUAUUUGUUUAGAAGUCAAAGUGACUGACAACUAUUCGAAUCACAAGAGAAAAGAAGAAGAGUACAUCCAGACUUGCAAAAACCGAGACUGAUUCAUCUGUUAGGAGUGAUUGCCGACGAAAGAGAAGUGGAAGAGCGAUAUAAAAUUCGACAAGGUUGUUGGAGCGAACCUUUAAUUGUAUGUGUCUUACUUUAAUACCGGAUCAACAGAUAGAAUAUAUCAAACAAAAAAUUCAUAGAUUAAUUUUAUAGAAUUGCAUAGUUAAUUUUUAAUUUCAACCUAACUAAAAUUAAUGAAGAUGAUACUGUAAUCUCAUGCCAAAUACAACUGGAACAAAGAUAAAAAGAACUCUCUUAUUUUUUUUUUAAAAGGGAAUCUUUUAUUGUAAUUUUCACUAGAAGCAAAAGGUAAAUAUAAACUGAAGUUUAGAUCAUUAUUCCUCUUAUCAAUGUGAUGGUCUGAUUUCUACUCUUAUAUUUCAUUUUUUUCGUUCACCCAACUCCCAGAUUUGGGAUCCUCCAAUCUAUUAUAUUGCCAAAGCGGAAGACAUGUUAAGAUUUAAACCCCAUGGUGGCCAGUUCAAUUUUUUUUCUCACCUUUGCCUCGUCUGAAGAAAGUGUCUUCUUUAGGCCACUUUUCAAUUUUAUUUUUACUUUUGGCCUGACACAGUUGGCAAAUGUGUUGGAAAGAGACAAUCUGUAAGAUGUCAUUCUUUUUUUUGUGCUAGGAUCCAACAAUAUUUGAUGAAGCCCAUGUUUGCCUCACAAAAAAUGUUUUUGGCAAACACUAUCUACUUUUACAAUAGCAUCAACGGAUCCUAUUGCCAAACCUACCACCACUAGUAAAAUAACUAAUAAAACUAAAAAUAACAAUGUAUUCACUAUUAUUGUUAAAAUGAAUCAAUAUAGUCACUUUUUAUUUGAGAAGACACUAUGUCUAACAAAAAUAACAUACUAGGCAGGCAAAGUAAAGUAUACUUAUCCCCGAAUUAUAAUUUAAUAUAAUUUGCCCCCUACUUGGUCCCAUCUCAGUUCUUCUCUAUAAUAUCCCCACAUUUCAUUGCAUUUAUUCUCUUACAAAUAUUCUCACUCAGUCUGUAUCUCUUUCUCCUCCAAGUCUAAAUUGCUUAGCAGUGCGGCAAUGACCAACUCUAUUGUUCUUCUUCUAUUUUUCUUAACAUUCUUAGAACAUGGAUUGUUCUUUCAAAGGGUCUCCUCUCUUGGCAUAAACUACGGUCAAGUCGGUGACAAUCUUCCUCCACCAAACAAAGUUCUACAACUCUUGAGCUCACUCAAUAUUAACAAGACAAGAAUCUACGACACAAACCCUCAAGUCUUAACAUCAUUCGCCAAUUCCAACAUUGAGCUCUUCGUCACUGUCGAAAACGAAAUUCUUCCUAGCUUGGUCGACCCUCAAAAAGCUCUCCAGUGGGUCACGUCCCGUAUCAAACCCUACUUUCCCGCCACCAAGAUAGGCGGUAUUGCUGUCGGCAACGAACUAUACACCGACGAUGACUCAAGCCUCAUAGGGUAUCUUGUGCCUGCAAUGACGAGCAUUCAUGCUGCUCUGGUCCAAACUGGACUAGACAAGUACAUUCAAGUAUCGACUCCGAGUUCACUAUCACUCCUUCAAGAAUCUUACCCUCCCUCCGCCGGAUGUUUUAGGCCGCAAGUAGCCGGCGUAAUGACGCAGCUUCUAAGUUUCUUGCGUAGCACGAAAUCCCCUUUUUGGAUCAAUGCUUACCCUUACUUCGCUUACAAGGAUUCCCCGACAAAGAUCCCACUAGACUACGUACUCUUCAACCCUAACCCUGGGAUGGUUGACCCCUACACCAAGUACCACUACGACAACAUGCUCUACGCUCAAGUAGACGCUGUGAUCUUCGCCAUGGCAAGGCUUGGCUUUAAAGAUAUCGAGGUUGGGGUCUCGGAGACUGGGUGGCCGUCUAAAGGCGACGGAGAUGAGAUUGGGGCCACCGUGGCCAACGCGGCAGUUUAUAACAAGAAUCUUCUAAAGAGACAGCUUCAUGGUGAAGGAACGCCAUUGAGACCAAACAUGAGUCUUGAUGUUUAUCUCUUUGCUCUCUUCAAUGAAGACCUUAAACCAGGACCAACGUCUGAGAGGAACUAUGGACUGUAUCAGCCUGAUGAGACCAUGACUUACAAUGUAGGUUUAUUAUCAUCAUCAUCAACAUCAUCACAAUCAUCUACUUCAACUAAUUCUUUUAUGUCCAUCACCUCCUCUGCCUCCACGGCUAUAAAGGAGGGAAAUCAACGGCUGAUAUACUUGACAUGCGUUUAUUUGGUGGCCAUUCACAUGAUUAUUAGAAGACCGUACUAGAAGCAGAAACAAAAUCGCGAGUGCUUCUACGUGUAAAUAGAGAGAGAGAGAGAGAGAGAGAGAGAGAGAGAGAGAGAGAGAGAGAGAGAGAGUCCACUCAUGCGGUUCAUUUUUCAACGAGAAGAAUCAUAUUAUUUCCAAAAGUGUCUCAAAUUAUUCUUUGAAGAAAAACAAACAGAAAAUUUGUUCCGAGUGAUUAAUUAAUUAACUUGAGAAGGGGAGGCAGGACGCAAAGAGAAUCCAAUGUAUAAAAAGAAGCUGACGAAUGUUCAUAUUAUAAAUAUAUUGUUGUUAUUCAUAGACGCGGUUGAUUA